UGUGCAACAUGACGACGAGCAAGUGGUGCAGAAACAGGGAUGUUGUAGUGGUGGUUUAUGCAGAGAGGAGGGUGAGGCAGAAGCGAGGCAGCCGGCGUAGGAAUGUUGAUGGCACUGCCAGAGUUAGAGGAAACAACAGAAGAGCUGAGCUUCUUGACUACGCCAAGCAUCUCCGGUCUCCUGCAACUGUAACUGCACCUCAAUCACCUCCACCAUCUCACAUCAAACAAAAACAGGCUUUGGGUGCUGAUGGAGGAAGAAAGCAAAACAAUUUGAGUACUCCAACGUGUUCCAACAAAUGGAGCUUUGUAGUAACAAGAUUUCUGGGAUGUAUGAGGGGCCCCAAAACCACCAAAGAUAAGAAGAAAAAGAAUCAUAAGAGCAAUGUGAAAGCUCUUAUACACAGUUUUCAGACAAAGAAACGGGGGAGCUUCGUAUCAAAAUUGCUUGCAGCGUUGCAGAAACGACGUUAGGAAAGACUCAUCUCGAGUCGUGUGUUGCUUACACCGAGGUGAAGGAGAUCUUCCAGCUAACAAGUUGAGUACUGCAGAUUUAAGAGUUAUUCUUAAAAUUUAGCCUAAAGUUUGAGGUCAUCAUAGUACACUUUAAUCUGAAUUAACAAAAAUUACUAAUAUAAAUCAUCAAUACUUGUCUGUUUUGUUCACUUAAUACAUUGAGUCAAUUAAUAUUUCUGGCCGAUUGAAUAUUGCAGGCACAAUCAAACUUAGCUCAACCAUUUUCUUUGUUUUGUUCAAUAAUUCCAUGGAUCAAUAGUUG